AUGGAGCCGGUGGAGAAGUGCAUCAAGGACUCGGGGUUGAGCAAGCAUCAGAUCCACGACGUGGUGCUCGUCGGUGGGUCCACACGUAUCCCUAAGGUGCAGCUGCUCCUGCAGGAGUGUCUCAACGGCAAGGAGCUCUGCAAGAGCAUCAACCCCGACGAGGCCGUCGCGUCCGGUGCGGUCGUGCAAGCGGCUAUCCUCAGCGGCGAGAAGGUGCAGGACCUGGUGCUGCGCGUUGUCACGCCUCUGUCCCUGGGUCUUGAAUCUUACGAUGAGGUCAUGAACGUUAUCAUUCGCAGGAACACCGCGAUUCCCACCAGAAAGGAGCAGGUGUUUUCCGGCAACCAGUCUGGUGCGUUGAUCCAGGUGUUCGAGGGUGAGCUCCCCGAGACCGAAGAUAACCGUCUGCUCGGCAAAUUCGACCUGUCCAGCAUCCCCCCUGCUCCUCAGAUCACCGUAAAUAACUACGGGCGAAUUAACUCGCCCGGCGAUGACAUCCGUGUAGCCUUGGCGAAGAACGCGAGCAAGGCGGGAAGUCCUACCGCGGCCUCCGGAAUCGUGGUCCAAGCACAGGACAACGGGUGGAUGGACGAGAGCGCUGUGCAGACCUGGCUGUCCAACGAGGUGCUGCCCCAUCUGAACCCCCAGCGCGGCCAAAACGCGAGGCGUGCGAUGCUGGUGUUGGACUCCUACCGCGGUCACAUCACCCAGACCAUGCUUCAGUCGUACCGCACGCACAGCAUCACCCUUGCAGUCAUCCCAGCGGGUUGUACGAGCCAGAUUCAACCCCUGGACGUCUCAAUCAACCGGUGCUUCAAGGCUGCUGUGCGAGCGCGCUACGCCAGGUGGUUCAUGCGUGAGGGGAUUCACCUGAAGACGAAGAAGGGGAACCUGCAGAGGCCGCCCCACCCCGUGGUGCUGCAGUGGAUCGCGGAGGCUUGGGAUCAAGUCCCCAAGCAGAUCAUCAUCGACGCGUUCCGCCACUGUGGGAUCUCAAGCAAGCUGGACGGAACGGAGAACCACCUGGUGAUGUCUCACAUGCGCGCCAGGAGCACCACUGAUGUCUCCGCGGACAUGUCCGUCGGGGGGACCACAGGCGACAACACGCGCCUGCUCGGUCGGGCUCCAGAGGAGGAGGAGGAGGAGGAGGCGAUGCAGGCGGAGGGCGUGCGGGAGGUGGCAGUGGCAACCGGCCUGGAGGUGCUGUACCAGGAGACCCCCAACUACCGCGGGGCGGCGGCCGAGGCUGACCGCAUGAUCGAGCCUAGGGAGACGGCUAGGCAUGCCUGA